AUGGCAGACGAAUCAAGAACUGUCAUAGCACCAGAUCAACCGGUCACAAUGGGGCAAUUGUUGCAACUGUUCAAACAGUUAAACUCCAAUCAACCGCCCACUGAAAUUGUGACCAACACCCAUACCCUCUCUAUCUCAGAGAAAUUAACAAAUCAAAAUUACACAAAAUGGUCCAGGUUGAUGCACUUAGCCAUCAGUGGACGGGAUCGUCUCAAUCACAUCAUCGACGACCCGCCUUCCACAAACGACCCAGUGUACAGCCAGUGGAUCAAACGUGACUCGAUUGUUAUCUCAUGGAUCCUAGAGAAUAUUGAUUCUGACUUAGUGUAUCAAUAUCUUGAUUUCUCAACAGCCAAAGCUUUGUGGCAAGGGAUUGAAACUCUCUACAGUAGUGGGAGAGAUGGCCUACAAAUUUUCGAUUUAACAGUCAAGGCAAAUAAAAUCCAGCAAGGAACAGACACAAUCGAGACAUAUUACAGCAAGCUUCUCAUGGUAUGGAAGGAAAUCGACAGAAGACAGCCAAACCCAAUGAAAGACCCAGGUGAUAUCGUUAUUUAUAAUCAACUAAUUCAAAAAAACAUAUUAUACCAAUUUUUAGCCGGAAUCCAUCAAACUUUUGAUAAAGAUAGGCGAGAUCUAUUACUGUUGGAUCCACUCCCCACAGUGGAAGAAGCAUAUGCAAGUAUCAUAAGGGAGGUAUUAAGGCGGGGAAUCAUGAAAACGGAGCCCUUAUCAGAUUUAGAAACAUCGGGCUCCGGUGGAGUCUUUACGGCCAAAGGGAAGACUUACCGGCGGAAAGAUGACAAGUCUCACCUCAAAUGCACCUACUGUGGAGGUACAAGGCACAUGCGAAAUGAGUGCUUCAAACUCGUUGGCUACCCUGAAUGGUGGCCGGAUCCGAAGAAAAAAGGGGAAAAAAGACAAACCCACUUCUCCGAUCAGCACCGCACCGGAAAAGUAGUAAUGGGAUGGAGUAUAGUGAGGCAUGCAUCCAUGAAUGAAGAUGAAUCCAUGAAUAAAGAUGAAGGGAAGAAACCAGCAGAGGAAGGUACUAGAAGCAACAAAGAAGAGAACGUCGCAGUAGGGUUUAAAUCAGAGGGUGAAGAAAAGAGGCUCAAAGAGCCUUUAAAUAGGAGAAGGAGGUCACGUACCUCACGUGCCUCUGAUCCCUUGCCCCCACCUUUAAACUUUUCGUCCUGUCUCAAUACUUCGCCUUAUUUUAAAGAGGGUUGGAUUUUUGACUGCGGUGCUACCGAUACAAUGUCAUUUGACCCUAAUGAUUUUUUGACUCAUGACCAACCUAGGAAAGACGUCAUUAAAACCGCGAAUGGGGAAGGGAUUAAAGUGAGCGGAGCCGGAACUAUUUCUUUCACAAAAAACCUCACUUUUAAAAAAUUGUCUUUUUGUACCUGA